UUUUUUAUUUUAAUUUAAAGAUGCAAGAAGGUACUUCCCAGAAAGUCGAUGAGCCUCCUAAUUUUUUACACACUGAUGAUGUUGGAUCCUUCCUAGAUCUUAAAGCUGAGUUUAUUAAACGUCGAGAUGCUGCUUUAAUUGGAAAACAAGCUUCACAUAUUUAUUCUAAUUCUACUCUUAAAAAUAAGAAAAAUAUUUUGGCAAUUACAAAAGAGGAAAAGAAAGCCAAACAACAAUUGUCAGAACGUCGGACUCAACGUAUCCGCCAGAAUGAGGAAGAAAUCCGAAAAGAAGAGCAGCAACGGUUAAGACAACAACAAAUCCUUGAGCAGAAAGCAAUUAUUUAUGAAAGAAUGAGUCAUGGAGAAAAAUUAACUUAUGAAGAUGGUCGAGAGGCUGAGUUUUUAGUUGAUUUUCAUAACAAGAAAAAAGAACUAGAAGCUGGAUGUUCAUCAUCAUGUACACAAAAUGAUGAUUUGACGGAUGAUGAGUUGAGGAGGUCAGACGAUGAUGAUGAUGAAAGGCAGAGAGUAAAAGAGGCACCAUUAGUUGUUCAUUAUGAUCCAUUCGAGGAAAAGGGACGCGUUUUUGGUGCAUCUCAUGUCCCAUUGCCAACAUUAAAUGAAGAGGCCCGUGAAAAGAAAAUUGCUGAACUUAAAUCAAUGACAGAAGAGACAAAAAUUGAAAGGAAUAAGCGUAAAUUACAAAGAAAUGCAGAAAAGGAAGAAGAGCGUUAUAGAGUAAAUAAAAUUCGUCAAAGGAUGGGACUUCCAUUAUUAGAAAGCAGUGAGGAAGAGGAACAGGAGUUGUCAACUAAUGGAGAUAUUCAAAGUUCAUCAACACUUCCUGAAUCCAAUGUUAUAGACAAUCAAACGACGAAAGAAGAGGAAAAACCUAAAAAGUUUGGUGUUCGUGAAUGGGAUCGAGGAAAAGUAGGGCAUAUGCGGUGGAUUGAGGCACAACGUGAAGACCGUGAUGAAGAAUUUGCACCGCCUGCUUCUUAUCGAGAGACGAAACGCAAACGAUAA